CUUUUAAGAAAUUUAACUUUUCUGCUAAGAAUAUUUCAAUUUAUAAUUUAGAAACAACAGAAGAAAGCAAUAAAGACAAUGAUAAUAAAGGUAAUGAUAAUUAUGAUAGUGAUGAUAAUAGUGAUAUGAAUUCAAUAACAGUUGCAAUGUUGUUACAAAACACAGUAGAAAGUACUAAAAGGUUUCUGAAAGAAAGUAACGAAUGUAAGAUAUCUACAUUGCCCUUGAAACCUAUUCCAAGUGAUAUUGAUAUUGCAACUUUACAAACACCUAAACAUAUUAAUGUUCUGGCUGAAGAAUUGGGACUGAUUCUGAAUGAGCUUUCAUUCACAUGUGUUAGGCAACCUUCACAAGGACCAGCAUUUGGCAUCAAAGAAGGAGCAUUUGGUGAUGGAUAUGCUCAAGUUGACAAAUUCAAUUUAUAUUUAACAGAAGAUAUACAUGCUGUUACAACCUAUGUUUCAUGA